AUGUCCGAACGAGAUCAAAAAACACAAGAAGAAGAAUAUGAAAAACAUCCAUCGAAACGAGAUAAUAAAGAAAGAAAACAACAUCGAUUAAAAAAACGUAAAAUAGGCCGAGAAGCAUCUUUAGCCGAUAAAACGAAUAAUGAUCAUAAUAAUAAUAAUAAUUCCAAUUUAGUGGAAUCACUCUCUGAGUUUAUAAUCUCAUCUAAACUACGACAGAAACUACAACAUAUAUGGAGUAUGAUAAGAAGUACAGAUCCCUUAGAAGAGGAGAAGAAGGAGAAGAAUAUGAAAGAGGAACUCAUAGAAGAAGUUCAAGUGCCUCCAUUUAAAGUGGGAACUUUAGAAAUGUAUAAACGAUUCCCAAAACAAUAUGAUCUUCUUAUGCGUCGACAUAACUGUGAGGCAUUACAGGAUUACCUACAUGAAGUUUUAACUAUUCUUCAAGAAGAGAAUCACAAUAAUAAUAAUAAUAAUAAUAAUAAUAAUAAUAAUAAUAAUAAUAAUAAUAAUAAGGAUGGGUAUUCAGAAGUUCCUACUUCUUCUUCUUCUUUAUUAGAGAAAAAGGAGGGAUUAUUACAUGUAUUAGACUUUGGUUGUGGGACUGGACGUAUUGCGAGUAUGCUUUGUCGGCAUAAGUCUGUUGGUGUUGUUUACUGUUACGAUGCGGAGGAGGCGAUGCUGCGUGAGUGUGUAGUGAAUGUCGUGCGGACAAUUGCGGAAUCACGGCCGGAUGUGUGCGGUGUGCGUAUUCAUCGUACCCCAGAUACUAUUAGAACACAUAUGAAUAAUAAUAAUAAUAAUAAUAAUAAUAAUAAUAAUAAUAAUAAUAAUAAUAGUGAUAGUGAUAGUGAUAGGGAUACCAAUCUCACUGGGGAGAAUGAGAGGAUUGUGUAUAUUGGUGAGUCUGCUGAUCAAUAUCAUAAUAACAAUACUGCCGGCUUUCCUCCACGUGGUGCAUUAGUGAUGGAUUUGUGUUUGCGGCCAGUGACGUUUGCGGCAUUACAGCGUGGGCUCCUCUUUCCCUGUAGUGAUAACACACACAGUCAUCCUCACAUUAGUAAAAAUAAUAAUAAUCAUCUUUGUAGUGAUCACCCGCGUGCAGAUCUUGUGGCUUGUGCGUGGGCCCUCUCGUACGUUAUGCGUGCGGCGUGGGGCGGUGAACGUUGGCAUGCGGCGGUGGAUGCAACCGUAGAGGCUCUGCGGCGACUAACAACAUCCACACUAAUAAUACCCCAUUCCUCUUCUAGUAAUAAUAAUAAUAAUAAUAGUAAUAAGAAAGGACCUGCGGUGGUAGUUGUAGAAACCCUCGGCACGGAUGCGGAAGUCCCCACACGCCACAACACACUUGCGGAUCGUCUGGAGAUUCAACACGCAUUUGAGAGACGUUGGGUACGGUGUGAUUACAACUUUAGUAACACAAUAGAGGCUGUGCAACUCACACGGUUUUUCUUUGGAGAUGCGAUUGCACGUCGCAUUGAGACGGAGCAGCGGACUACAUUGCCGGAGUGUACUGGUAUAUGGACUCAGUGGGGGAAAUGA